UUGAUGACUAUCACAAUAUUCAUACUUUACGACGACCAGAUACUACCACCACAAGCAGUGCUUUACACUUUAUAGCAAUACUUAUGAAAUCAUCUUCCCAAGUAUCUGCUAUUCCAUUUAAUAAUGUUACCAAUCAAUUAAUUCAAAAUCCGAAAGGAGUUGAUUUCAGUAAUAUAAUUUCCCAACUUAAUUUAAAAUAUAUGAAGGAUUUAAGUAUUACUUAUCAGGAACGAAAAAAUCUUUUACAAAUUUGUUUGGAUUACCUGAAACUUAUGAAGAACGAACUGAACGUUUACUUGUACAUAGCUAUGAUAUACGGAUUGCUGAACGAAAAAAUGAUCGAAGUAUGCAAAAUACAAAGCUAAUUGACCUAUUAGAAGGCAGCUUACAUUCAACAAAAGAUUAUAUUUCAGUAAUACAAUUAAUUGCCAACAUUCCAGAGCUACAUGCAUAUUUAGAAGGAAAUAUUUUGGUUGCCCUAUGGAUUAUCCUGGACAGAAAAAUGUUCGUCGCUGUUGUACAUCGUAUGAUUAAUGGGGAACGAUCUGAUGUGCCACCACAAAUUCUUAAUAUAGUACCUUUUAUAGGUCCUUUACAUGUAUCUCUGAAUAGUUGGGAGACUGUAUUUCUUGUUGACUAUUGUUUUUUUGAAAAUAUGUAUCACGCAAUUUUUAACUCACGCAAAAUUCUUGCUAAAAAGCCAAAACCAUAUCUGCAUUUAAGGGUUGGUCUUUGGUCAAAGAAUCUGUCAAAAAUCUUUUUUUUUAAUUGCAAAUACUCUGAAGCAUUAGAUGUUGGGAAGUUUAUGAAGAAGCAAUGCUUCGUAUAUGGACAAUUUUUUAUCGAUACUGCCGCAAAAAUUAUAAUAAGUUGCCAUUGGCAUUUCUUAGUGACGUUUUUUAUUGGCAAAUAUAAAUCACCCAAUGGCAGAAAUUCUCAAAGUUCUCUUCAUAUCUUUAAUGAUUAUUAUGUAGAAAACUUUCACAGUUGUAUUAGACAUCAAACAAAUAAUUUUAAUACUGCUCAACAAAUUAUUAAUCAAGCAAAAAUAAUUGACCAGAUGCGUGAUAAUAACUCCUUUACCAAAGUUUUUUCAAAAAUCAUAACAUUGUUUACACAGAAAAGCAGUUAGAGUUUCUGGAAAAAGGCUUUUAGAUUUAUUCCAAAAUGUUUGGAAAAAUCGUGGAUGUACAACAAAAAAGAAAAUUAAAAAGAAUUGGCAAUACAAUUUACCAACACUUGGCA